AUGAUGAAACAGACAGAGGAAGAGAUGUUCCUCAUGCUUCCAAUUCGUCACCGCGUCGGCAACAGCGAAGAAGAAACCGCCCACCGUCCCACAGAUGCACCAGGUCUAUUAUUCUACUACCUCUUCGAAGACUGGGGUACGACAUUUAAUCUAAUCUCCAAACGAGACCACGGAUACGCCGCCGAACUGGAUCGCUUGCGUCAAGAAAUGCUCAUAAAAGCCGACCUGACGCACAUCGACCAACUCCACCACAUCGGCUGCCAACUCGCCGUGCUCAAACGCGUGUACCAUAGCUACAUGCUGAUCAUCGAGCGCGUCCUGAAAAAACAAGAGGCCACCCUCGCAUCCCUCAAAAACUCACGCAUCAUGUCCGGCACCGAAUCAUUCAUUUCCGACCUCCCCAACGUCAAUCCCAGCCACGGCCCGAUGAUCCCCGAAGCGGACAGUCUGCUCGGCGUGAGUCUGAGCUCCGCUGCGAAAGUGCGCUUCGAGCGGCUCAAAGAUCGAAUCCUGCUCUAUGCGCUCAGCGAGAUUGAGGAGUGUCUUGCGCAGAAGGAUUCGUUGGUUAUGAUGAACUUCAACCUCAUCGCCAUUAAAGAAUCCUUCAGCGUAGAGAGACUCACAUGGGUCACCCUCCUGCUCGCCAAAAUCACGAUCCUCUUCACGCCUGUCACGCUCAUGACGGGGUACUUCAGCAUACAGUUCAAAGAUACCGAGUUUGAGAUAUUCAACUAUUGGUGGUGCUUUGGCGUGGUGUUUGGAGUUAGUGUGGCGCUGCUGUUUGCGUUUAGCUUUUUCUCGGGAACGCUGCAGGGCACGAUUGUGCAGAGGAGUUGGAGUCGGAUUGCAUUUGAGGGAGGAAGGAGGUGGGUGGCACGGAGGGGGAAGGGGGGGAAGGGAAAUUGA